AUGCUGGGGUCUCAAGACAUUGAUUCAUUAAAGCGCUCACAUCCAGACCCUAUAGAAGUAAGCAAUGCAACAAAAAAACCCAGAGCAAGCGAUCCUGCAUCAAUCGAAUUGCCACUUCGACCAGACUUGCUGAGUUCAACGAACUUAUUGCAGACUGAAAGCAAUCACCAAAAGGACGCCACCAAUGUUUCAAAUGAGAUAGUAACUCAGAAGCCAAAUGAGACAACCACAACUGCAGCAGAUAAUGUCGUAAAUUCUUCGAAAACCUCUGGGUUCAAUCAUGAGAAAGGUAAGCAUGAUCAACAAGAUGCGUCAAAACUUAAUGAUGCUAUUGCGGCAGCAGGUGUGGAUAUACAGAAAGAAGAAGAGUUGUUGCUACAGCAGCAAUUGGCACGUAAGCAAGAAGCUAUGAAUGAAAGGAAUGAUGUGGCGCAAAACACAAAAGUCUCCACUUUCUUGAACCCUUAUCAUCUAGCUGCAUUUAUUGGAAAGAUGGCCAAGACACAUCAAAUAAGCCAGAACUUCCUUGAAGAUGGAGGCAUGCUUAAUCUCAUAUCAGGUGCAUGUGAAUCGUGGAUAGCCAAUAUAGCCAGCAAAGCGAUAACUAUAUCUCGCCAUAGAAGAAGAGGAGGAAUUUUGACCAAUUCCAAAAAGAAUAGCGCCCUGUCUUCAUCUCAAAGAUCGGCAGUUAGUAGAGAGUUGCGUAAUAUGGCCAUUAGGCAGAAGGAGCUAGAGGAGAAGCGAGUCAAUAAAAGAAUAGCGUUGGGCAUAGAGAAGAGCGCCAGUGAUCCAAAUGGCGAUGAAAACGGUGACGGCAAAGCGGGAGCAGAUGAAACUUUGCACCGAGCUGCCAAUGCCACGGCCGCAAUGAUGACCGUGGGGAAAAAGAAAUACAGCUGGAUGAAUUCUAGUGCAAACGGAGGUGGAGCUGGCUCCGAAGCAGGUAGCAAAGGCGGCGCAAGUGGUAGCAGAGAAAAGCAGAGUCCAAUCAUUGCUGCUAGAGGUGACAGUGGGUUGAGGUACAGGGAAGUUAGAGGAGCGAACUCCAUUGUGUUAAGGGACUUGCUAGGUGCAAUUGAGAAUGAGAGGAGAGGAACACAAGAAGCCACCAUCAAAGGAUAUGCUAAGUUGCGUGAUUGA